CCGGCUGUCGUCCCAACUCUGUCUUCUCACCCAGAGCAGCUGCUGCCUUCCUGCCUGUCCCACUGAGCUGCCACCAUGAGCUACUCCACCCAGAGGGUCUCCUCGUACCGCCGUACUUUUGGCGGGACAGCUGCCCCUUCCUUCCCAUCCCCUUCUUUCCCAAGGGCUUCCUUCGGCACCAAGGGUUCUUCUGCCAGCUCUGUCUCCUCUCGGGUAUACCAAGUGUCCCGUAGUGCCGCAGUGCCCACUCUUUCUAGCUUCCGCGCAAGCUACUCGGCCCCGCUGCGUUCGGCCUAUCAAGGUGCCGGCGAGGUCCUUGACUUCUCUCUAGCUGAUGCCAUGAACCAGGAAUUCCUGCAAACCCGUACGAAUGAGAAGGUAGAGCUGCAGGAACUCAAUGACCGCUUCGCCAAUUACAUUGAGAAGGUCCGUUUCCUGGAGCAGCAGAAUGCCCUCAUGGUGGCUGAAGUCAAUCGACUCAAGGGCAAGGAGCCCACACGCAUCGCUGAGAUGUAUGAGGAAGAGCUGAGGGAGCUGAGGCGCCAGGUGGAGCUGCUGACCAACCAGCGAGCGCGGGUGGAUGUGGAGAGGGACAAUCUGAUAGAUGAUCUCCAGAAGCUGAAGCAGAGGUUGCAAGAGGAGAUUCAUCUUAAAGAAGAAGCAGAAAACAACCUCGCUGCUUUCAGAGCUGAUGUUGAUGCAGCCACUCUGGCCCGUAUUGACUUAGAGAGGCGUAUCGAAUCAUUGCAGGAAGAAAUUGCUUUCCUCAAAAAAGUGCAUGAAGAAGAAAUUAGAGAAUUGCAAUCCCAGCUGCAGGAACAGCAAAUCCAGGUGGAGAUGGACGUGUCAAAGCCGGAUCUGACCGCCGCACUGCGUGACAUCCGUGCCCAGUAUGAGAACAUCGCUGCAAAGAACAUAUCAGAAGCAGAGGAAUGGUACAAGUCCAAGGUGUCUGACCUGACUCAGGCAGCAAAUAAAAACAACGAUGCCAUUCGCCAAGCCAAGCAGGAGAUGAUGGAGUACCGGCAUCAAAUCCAAUCAUUCACCUGUGAGAUUGAUGCGCUCAAGGGCACGAAUGACUCUCUGAUGAGGCAGAUGAGGGAGAUGGAGGAGCGCUUUGCCGGCGAGGCCAGCAAUUACCAGGACACAAUCCAGAGGCUUGAAGAGGAGAUCAGGCAUUUGAAGGAUGAGAUGGCACGGCACCUGCGCGAAUACCAGGACCUGCUCAAUGUCAAGAUGGCCCUUGAUGUUGAGAUUGCCACUUACCGCAAGCUGCUGGAGGGUGAAGAGAGCAGAAUUUCACUGCCCAUUCAAACUUUUUCAGCCAUCAACUUCCGAGAGACCAGCCCAGAGCAGAGGAGCUCUGAGGUCCAUACCAAAAAAACAGUGACCAUCAAAACCAUCGAGACACGUGAUGGGGAGGUGGUCAGCGAAGCCAUGCAGCAACAUAAUGAAAUGAUGUAGGUCUUGUAACUCCCAGAGCGACUUGGCCCAUCUCAACCCUCUCCUUCUCGUGUGCAAAAAACCAGGGGAUGCCGGUUCCCACACCUUCUCCCGCACACCCCUUUUGUAAGAGCAUCGCUGGAGAACCUCACCCGCUCAACUGAAUGUACAAGAAGCCUUCUGUUCCCCCAAGCCUCUCUCCUUCGGCUCCCUUUCUCCUCUUCCUUUUCUUUUCUUUUCGUUCUUUCCUUUUCCUGCCCUUUGGCAGGAGGAGGGCAGAAAGAGAGGUGCAGCUCUGUGUGUAUGUGCGUGCGUGCGUGCAUGUGCAGUGCGUGUGUAUGGGCAUGGGUUUGAGGUGAGGCUUCCUGCCCCUGUACGGGGUCUGGCCGUUGCCUGAAAAGGGAACUCUCGCCUGCCUUUACAUGGGCACACGUGCCCCGAGCCACGUACGUGUGUGCUCUGAUAAGUCAUGUGCAGCGACAACCCCAACCCGAGUGUGGGUCCCUGCCCCUUCUGGGUCCUUCUGCUGCAGCGGUAAUGAGAGCUACCUGCAGGCCGUGCGAAGACAGAGGAAAGGGGAGGACGUGUGAGCCUAGGCCAGAGAAUGAGGCUGAGUCACCUGCCCAGUCUUGCCUCCGGGACCAAAGCCACAGGGUUGCCCCUACCCUCAAGGGAGCAGGACUCCUUUCUGCUUGUGGGUGGGUGAUGCUUGCAUCUCUAAGCUCGGCGAUUGCCCCUGUCCCUUUUGCUAUGCUACUGAAGCUCUGUUGGGCAAGGUUUUCCCCCUGCCCGUCUUGGGGGUUUCCUACAAGUGUAGGCUAGGGUGCUAGGGAAAUUAGGAUCUCUAAAGGAGAAAGUGAACGAGGCCUCUUAGAGUAGAAGAUUUGGGCCCAGAAGGGGACGGGACCUCCCACAUUCCUGCUGCGAAGUGAAGCUCCUGAUUUGGGAGGUGGGAUAGAAAGGCCACCAGGGACAGGAACAAGAUGCCAGGGGGCAGCACAUCCCCUAGGGCAAGCUUCUCUGCCUGGGGGAUGAUCCCUUUUUGCCGCGUCCCAAAUCCGUCCCGCAGGGACUGCCGAAAGGCCUGCAAAAGAUGGUGUAGAAGAGAAGAGGAAGGGACUGAUGGAGAGCGCGAGCGAAGAACAGAUUGUAACUGUGCAUGAAUGGAGAGAGAGGACAUGGAGAGAAAGUGAAUACUCCUAGCCCUACACUCCCCCCCCCUCCCCAACACGUACUGGUCCUGCAAAGAGAUAAAUAAACUAUGC